GCUCAACCCAUCGACUUUGGUGAACUUGAGCAGCACGCGGUGAAACGAUUCCGAGAGCUUUUCACCGCUUCGCUUUCACCGCGACUUGCUCGGGACCAGGACCUUCGCCCUCGGAUCACAAACCUUCCUUCUUCCCUCUUUCUUCUUCGCUAGGAAGCUUUCUUUUCUCGUCAGUCGCAGUGCACAGCAUCAUACUGUCUUCGUCUUCGCGGUACAAAGCUAAAAUCUAAUCACAGACAUCAUGCCUUUCGGCCUCCAUCUCCGCAGCAAGCCGACCCUCGACUGGGCUCGCGACCUCACAGACAGCUCGACCGCGCACAUCCCGCGCGUCGUCGGCGACAUCAACCCCGCAAGCAACUUCCCGCACUCGCACGUGCGCAACGAGCAGAUAGGCGUCGGCUCCGAAGGAAAGGUGGAGCAGUGGACGUGGGCAAGCCCCGACCCGAGAUGGAUCCACCAUAGCUUCGUGGUGGCCGUCAAGAUGAUCAAGAACAGGGGGAAGAAGUUGCCGGCCGAAGCCGAGAUUUUGAAGAACCUACCUCUUCAUGACAAGAUCGUCCUCUGCUACGGUUUCGUCCAGAAGCAGCCCCAGCCAGACACUGACAGCAUAAUUCUGCAGUACUACCCGCUGGGCGACCUCUGGAGCUACAAGGAGCAGCUCUGGCGAGAGGACCAGGCUGUCGCGUCCGAGGGGCUGAUGUGGUCGAUCCUCAGCCAGCUAGCUUCGGCCGUUGCCUUUCUUCACGAGGGGGUCGGUGUCGCCGACCCGAAAGCUGCUGACUUCUGGAGACCAGUCGUCCACCGUGACAUCAAACGUAGGUCUCGUCUGCAUCGAGAAAGGGCUUCCUGGAGGCCUUCAGUCCCUCUUCCCUACUCAAGAACCCCUGCUAACAUGUGCCACCUUAUCGCAGUGCAGAACAUCUUCGUCGCGGACAUUGGAAAGAAAGACAACUGGAGCGACUUCAAGGUCAAGCUCGGAGACUUCGGGCUCUCAGCCUACUACGACGCGAAGAACAAGAAGAUGGCAGAGAACACGGGCACGACCAUUCUGUGGCCCCCGGAGCAGACCUGGGAGGGCCGAGAGGCAACGCCUGCGGGAGAUGUAUGGGCUGUCGGGUGCGUGAUACAUGAGCUCGCGCACGGCUUCCCGCCAGUCGAAGACCCGAACAUCACGGAAAGCGCAUGGAGGAAGGAGAAGGGCGUUCCGCAGUUCCCCCGCAACUGGACCGAGGACGUGAAGAAGAGUUUCUGGGCGGCGAAGUCGCCAAGGAAAGCCAUUCCGAUCAACCUUGUGUCCUUCAAGCAGGCCGACGACGCCAGGAGGAAGCGGCCGACGCCCAAGUUCUCCGAUGUGCUCAACGAGUGCAUGAUGCUCGCGUUGAGGAUGAACUUGGAGGAGAGAGCCACGGCUGGCGUGCUGAAGAGAAUGGUAGAGGAGGAGCACAAAGCCUUCUUGUUUGACGACCUCAGGCAGUAUAGCACAGCCAUGCAGACGGAGCGCAGUGGAUGGUAGCGCGAUGGAGAGUCCGCGGCCACCGGUAGUCCUCCACUAGCAAACGUACGGUUGAAAAG